CCGCGGCGGGAAUGAGAAGAUGAUGUGAGAGAGCGAUGGUGUUGGGUACAAAUCCAUACCCAGAUCUCUUGCGACUGUGGCUAAUCGGGUUUAAGCGCCGACUCUGCGUACACAACAGAGCUUCGAUUCUUCUCCCAUGGCGGCUUCUGCUACGUUACUGUCUACGGCACAUGAAAGAAAAGCUGAGAAUCUGAGAGCUUUUAUGGUGAAUUUGGCGAAUUCAAGAGGCUUUUCCCUUCCUGAGACUAAACUCUUCGACCAGAAAUUCUUGGAUCUUUGUUUAUCCCGUACUCCUGAUCAUCCCACUUAUUCCGCUAUGAUAUUUGUUGCUAUCAUGGAUUUGAAUACAGAAGGUGGCUCCUGUGAAGAAGCGAUAUCUGAGUUUAUUAAGUCCAAGUACAAGAACUUACCAUUUGCUCACACGAGUUUGCUCAUUCAUCAUUUAGCUAAGCUUGUGGAGAAAAAAGAGAUACUUUAUGACUGCAACACCUUCUGUUACUCUCUUCCGGAAGAGAAGAAUACUGUUGCCUCCACUGAUGCUCAAAAAACGAGCGCUGUGAUAACUGUGAGAACUAAUGAUCAGCUUGCCGCGAAUGAGGUUAUGACUCUCCAAAGCGAGGAAGAUUGUGUUGAAAUUUUGAAAUCUGGGGAUCCUAAGGUUGAUUUAUUGGAAGAACAGAGUUUGACUGAGUCCCCAACCAGCCUCAAACGUAAAGCAUGUUGUGCCAUUAACGUCAUUGAAGUAAGGCACACAGAAGAUAAUGGAGUCAAAUCAGGUUUAAGGAAUUCGACUGUUGAAACUCCUAGGAAACAGGGAGUUGUUGGAGAACCAGAAGUGGCUCUUGAAAAUAGCGAGACUGAAGGUAGGAUUGAAGCAAACUGUGAAGAAAGUGAAUUAUAUGAAGUAGCUGUUCUAUCUGAGCAAAACAAUGUGUUGAUAGAAGAGUCGGGUGAAGAAGCAAAACUCUGUAGGACAUAUAACACGAUGAAAGAAGCAUGUGUUGCAGUGAAGAGUGGAGCAUAUAAAAAACUUCGGGAGUGCCAAACCGAAGCAUGCGACAAUAUCAUUGCCCUAGAGAAAAUGCUGAAACAGUGCAGAGAGAAAGACCAGCUGAACAAGGCUGUUUCAGAAAUUAAUGAUGUUUCUUGGUUGCCUCUAUCAAUGGAAAGCUGCAAAGAACUGUGGAAAGUUGCCCAAAAGAUACAAAGCCAGCUAUCUGAGCUCAUCGAUUCCAGUGAUGAAACCAUGGUUCCAUAUGCUAAAUCUCCAGGAGGUGAAACCGUAGGAAUAAGCAAAGGAUUUUGCAGAGAGGAUCCCAAGAUGAAAAAAACUCCUUGUGAGAUCAAUGGAUCUGGAAAAACCUCCAAACAGCUUGAACAGAAGGAAAGAUAUAAUUGUUCACAAAAGAAACCACAGGUCAAGAAAACGAGAAUGAAAAGACUCCGAGACAUAGCAACACCAGCAGUGAGGAAAUCGACUCGCUUAAGAAAAUGAAACUUACAAAAAACAAAAAAACUUUUGGAAUGCAAGAAUUGUUGUAAAGGUUAGGCUUAUAUAUCUUUAUAUCAGUAUCUACAUAAGAGCUGUACCUUGAAGAAUCUGAAUAUUUUUAUAUAAAGUUUUUUCAUGAAA